AGGCUCUUUCGCCGACACAGAGCCGAACACAAGCUUGGUUGAUAACUCGAUUUAACUGUUAAGCUCUGUUCAUUGCACCCAAAUUCACAGAAAUUAGAGAGAAAGACACUCUGUGAUUGGCGCGAAAACCUAAAUGUUUCCUUUAUUUAUCCUCAAAACUCGAACUAUAAUUUUACUCUGCAUUGAUUUGCCCCUGGAAUCCCAAAUAGUUGCAUAUGGAAUCAAUUGCCUCUCUCCCUAAACGCCCAAAACUUCCAAUACCAUCCAACGAUGUUGAUCCUAUAGAUCACGGCAACAAAUCGAUGAAUGAUCUGCCAGAACCCGUAGUUCAUCACAUCUUCUCGUUCCUGGAAACCAUAGACGUGAUCAGGGCAAGCGCUGUGUCAACAAAGUGGAGGUAUUUGUGGACUUCGAUGCCUCACUUAAACUUUGAUUACCAAGCCGGUUGGUUAAACCCAUUACGUCAAGAAUUCUCUUCCACCAGAGUAUAUGAGAAAUUCAAGGAUUUUAUCAACUGGGUUCUAAUGGCCCACGAUAAAUCUGUCAACAUCCAAAGCUUUCGUGUCUCAUGCUUGAAUAAUGACGAUGAUCGUUCAUUAUACAGAUGGAUCAAAAUUCUAGCCCAGAAACAUGUUAAGGAACUUCAUUUAAAAGUCAAAUCUUACAAAAGGGGACCCUUUGCCUUGCCACGCUAUCUUCUUGCUCCUGAUUCGCUGGAGAUAUUAGAGUUAGAUUUGCAGCGAAGUGUUCUUAAGAUUCCUAGCGAUGUGGGUUUUAGCCGAUUGAAGUCCCUUCAACUAGUGAGAACUCAGUUGUUGGAUCAGAAUUUGUUUCACAAUUUUAUUUCAAGCUGUCCUCUGCUUGAAAAUUUGAGGUUGGAAGGGUGCCUGUUUCAUGAUUUUAAGGUUCUUGAUAUUUCUUUAAGGAAUCUAAGGAAAUUGUUUAUUGAUAAUCAUAUGUGUGGAGGUUCUUUUGAUGAACGCUUAAGGAAGUGUGUGUUCAAAAUUGCUUGUCCAAAUCUUGGGUAUUUUCAUUUGAAGGAUCCAUAUGCGCAGAACUUCUCUUGGGACAAAAUCCCUUCUUUGCUUCAAACAGCCACCAUUUUGCCCUGGGGGUGGGAGGACGCCGUACUCCACGAAGAGCUUGCUAACUAUCUGUUGAAGAUUCUUAGAGGGGUUUGUCAUGCAGAGGUUUUGAAACUAGGUAAGUGCAUUUUGGAGCAUCUUUACCCAGCAGUUGCUGAACCAAGGUGCUUCUCCACUACAUUUUAUAAUCUGAAGUCCCUAAAAUUGUUCACUGGCAUCGACAAAUGCUAUAUACGGUCAAUAAUCUACUUGUUGAAGUGUGCUCCCAACCUACAGCUUCUUUCAGUAUAUAUUGAUGAAGAAGAGUAUGACUGCGAUUAUCAAUGGGAGAUACCGGACGAGGCUAUUGCAUGUUUGACAGAUCAUCUCAAGAUGGUUAAGCUAAUCGAAGUUGACAAUAGCGACUAUGAGCUUGAGCUGAUCAGGUUUCUUCUGAAGAAUGGACAUGUCUUGGAGAAAAUGAGCAUCAUUUGGCCUAGUGAUCUCCAGCGAGAAACUCAGAUGGAGGCUAUCCAGGAGAUAAUGAAGUUUCCUAGAUCUUCUUCAAAUGUCACAGUCACAUUCUCUGAGCUAAAGGAAUCUGACUAUGAUGAUGUGUUAUGAAUAAUUGAGGGAAAAUUAUCUAUAACAGAUUGACUGUUGUCUAGAUCUAAUAUUAUAAGGUGUAAGUGACUUUGUGUGUUUAUUUUAUGGAAUUUAGCAAUGGUGUUAUCUGUGUCUUUGAUGAAAACUAUAUGUAACAUUUACAAUAUUUUCCUUAACAUUUGGUAGCUAUUGCCAUCUUUA